CACGAGUUUUUUCAACGAAGUCGAGUUUCCGUAUAAAACAGCAGCCACUAGCCCGUAGAGUUUCGGUGCGAUCGGCGGCGAUCAGCUCACGGAGUAUCGUAACGUUCAUCGUUCUUCCCUCUCUCGCACUUUGACCGUGACUGCGCUUCCCUCCUUCGACGUCGCGCCUUUCUUCCUACGCUGCCCGUUGACCGCGGGUUCGAUACUGUGACAGCGACCAGGCUCGGUCUUCACCUGCUCCGCGAGGAUUUUAAGCGACAGCGACGAUGCCGUUCACCGAAGGCGACAUCGUCAACGGCCGCGAUCAUUACCAGCCGCUCAAGCGACCCACGGAUAAUGAGUUCCUGCACACGAACGUCAAACACCUACGGCACAGCACGUACACGUUCGAGGCGCUGCAAGAGUCGGCCCAGUUCCUUCUGGAUCGCAUCAAGAUCAAGCCGAAGAUCGGCAUUAUUUGUGGCUCUGGAUUGGGAACAAAUGAGCAAAACGAGUUGUGUCCAGGUUCGCUGGCGGACUCCCUCGAGAACAAACAGUGCUUCCCUUACGAAGACAUCCCACAUUUCCCAGUCUCCACAGUGAAGGGGCACAAAGGCCAGAUGGUGUUCGGCCAUCUACAGGGUGUACCGGUGAUGUGCAUGCAGGGCAGAUUUCAUUACUACGAGGGUUACCCGUUGUGGAAGUGCGCGAUGCCGGUCAGAGUUAUGAAGCUGGUGGGCGUGACCCAUCUGAUUGCGACAAACGCGGCGGGAGGUCUGAAUCCCACGUACAAGGUCGGCGACAUUAUGAUAGUGAAGGAUCACGUGAACAUGAUGGGUUUCGCGGGGAAUAACCCUCUUCAAGGACCAAACGACGACAGAUUCGGCCCGAGAUUUCCGCCGAUGAACAAGGCGUACGACAAAAUGCUGUUAGGAGUGGGCCAAGAAGUGGCCAAGGAGAUGGGCAUCGGGGACAUCGUGCACGAGGGCGUGUACACGUGCCUCGGCGGGCCGAAUUUCGAGACCGUGGCGGAACUGAAGAUGCUGAGGAUGGUUGGAGUCGACGCUGUCGGAAUGUCCACCGUUCACGAGGUGAUCACCGCCAGACACUGCGAGCUGAUGGUGUUCGCGUUCAGCCUGAUCACGAACCAGUGUAUCGUCGACUACGAGAACUACGAGGAGGCGAACCACCAGGAGGUGAUGGACGUAGGGAAAGCGAGGCAACCGAUGCUGCAGGACUACGUGUCGCGUAUCGUCACGCGGCUCAAGGACAUAAUACAGAACUAACGAACGAAAUAACUCGGCCAACUUAUUCGUUAAAAGAGUCGUUCGCGGUCCUGCUCGUUCCUCAUCCGCGACGGAACGAGACGGAGAACCGUCUUGACGCGCACGACUUCUCCGGAACUUCGUACGCACGACUGCGAAAUUCGGUUCGUAUCGGCGAAUCGAACAUGCGAAUAUCGUAGGCAUCAUUGGCUUUCACGAGCUAAGCAUGAAUUUCCGACGAUUUCACGUGUCUUAGGGUGAGUUCGCAGCGGAGCCGCGAUAGAAGCUAAGAGAACUGCAAACAGAGUGAAAUGUCUUUAGCACAGUGGAGCCGCUGGAAAUGUAAACAUAUCGAAGUAUUUGUAUCGUCGAGCUCUAGCGUGAACGCACCUUUAGGGAUCAUGGACGAAGAAGAAGCAGUCUUCUGUCCUCUCCGCUUUCGUUCAUCCUAUCUUUUAAUCUCGACGGAAUUAAAUCUAGCUGGUAAUUACACUACUUAUCUGCGAAUCGGUUUAUCAGCGUCGAAUCUUUAAUCAGCGCCAGGUGACUUCCACGCGUCUUCCAAUCUGCUCUGUAAAUUAUACGCGCGCAGCGCAUGUGCUCGAUGGCGUACGCGUCGCGAGAAUAUUCGUUUCGAGGACCGUCUGACCCGCACGCGCGUUAUCCGUCCGACAGAUAUCAUCGGCGAAGCUUCCGAUCUCGAUUGAUUCGUUACACGUCUUGAAAGACCUUCUCGGCUCCGAGAAGCUCGGGAGGGUCGGAGCAGGGUGGAGAGGUUGGUCGACGCCGUCCUCUCCUCGACACUCUCGUCGAUUUUCCUCCCUCGCUUCGUUACCUUCGUUCCGUGGCUCCUCCACCGCUAAUGCGUCGGUGUUCGGCUUCGAUAAAUCUCGAGCGGCGAGGACCAUACUCUGCGACCGGCCAUUUCUCCGUGUUCGUUCUCCGUCGCGGUAUACUCUCGUCGGAGUCGUGGCUCGACAACGGGAAAACAAGCGGAGCGUCCUUAGUUCCCUUUCUUUUGGGGGUUAGACGGUUCUCUCGACGAGUCAUCGCGAUCAUUCGCGAGCGACGGUUCGUCCAUCGUCGGAGGAGACACCGAUUGUUUGACGAUCGCGCGUACGCUGCGGGUGUUCUGUAUUUAUAGCGUAUGAAACUUUGUACGAGUAUACGGAGUAUACGAAUUACUAUUAAACUGUUGUUUCCAUGAAACGAUACGCUCGUUUUUCCGAGGGUGGAUCAUCAGUUUGGAAAUCUAGUCGCGAGCGACCCAUCCCCGUGAAAUUGAGCUGGUCGAUUGAAACGGGGACACGUGCCCGCGUUUAUUUAGCGAUUUUAAUGGAAAAACAAGUACGCCGAGCGGGCCGCCAUCGAGGCGCAU